ACAAAACAAAAACACUUCUUCUUGCUGGAAACAUUCAUUUCUUUUGUUCGGUGGUUUCUUUCUCAUUCUCUUUCAUAGUAUUCCAUUAACAAGAAAAUCAAAGUUCUUCAAGGUAAAGGCGAGCGAAUUCUCCUAGCUCGCCAAACCUUAAAAAAUGACAUCAUUAACAUCCCCAUUUUCUCUUUUGGUUAUAUUCAUAAUCUUGUGCAAUUGUAUUCCUCAAAUUAAAUCAGAAAAAGAAGAUAUCUCAUUAAUUCGAUUACCGUCUGAAGAAGUAUUUUCAUCUGGGGUAUGCGAAAAAUCAGCGGUUCCUAAUUCUUGUCCAGUCAAUUGUUUUCGUACGGAUCCAGUUUGUGGUGUUGAUGGUGUAACGUAUUGGUGUGGUUGUGCCGAUGCUUAUUGUGCUGGUACCAAAGUUGAAAAAUUAGGGUUCUGUGAAGUUGGUAAUGGUGGCAAUGGUCCUGUUUCGGGGCAAGCUCUUCUUUUGGUACAUAUUGUUUGGCUUAUUGUUUUAGGGUUUUCUGUAUUGUUCGGUCUAUUUUGAGCAUUUGAUUUCAGGUAUUUGUGAAUUUAUUUGUAUGUAUGUAGACAAGAGAAAUAUCACGGCUUUUUUCUUCUUCUCUUUGUGUGAUUCUUUUGAUCUUUGAAUAUGAUACGUAAUAUUCAGAUUUUAUUCUUCA